UUUGUAUAAAUAUGGAUACCAAUGAAGGCUUGUUUCGAACAAGUGGGAGUCAGAACGAUAAUGCACUAUCUUCAAUUAAAACACCAGCAUUUCAAGGUCAGAAUAACCUGACAGCAGUACAAGAGUCAGAAGGUUUACUUGACAAACCUAUUGGGCGGAAGAGUGCAGCUGUUGUCCUUGGUCAAGAAUGGUAAUUUUGUCAUUCUUCUUAUUAACUUGCUUAUCCAGUUACCUAGCAUAGUUCAUGAUUAUACCUAAUAAUCUUUGAGAAUUUGAAGAUCGAGCAAUUUUAUUGGAAUUUUUGAGGUUAGAAAUAGUUGUAGCUGUAUUUGAACAAUAAUAGUUAGUUUAAAGACUUAGAUAGAGAGCUUUAGGUGUAUAAAUAAGCAUUUGCUUGUUCAUAAAUGAUGCUAAAGAGCCGGCAUAUUGGUUAUAGAUGCUUGCUAAAUUAGAUGGAGUAUUUCUGAAUAAAAGAAAAGAAUGAUAAUUUUUAAUAUGAUCUUAUGGUUAGCUUUGCUUUUGUAUUCUUUAGUUCAAUCUAAUGCAAAUACAAUCAAUGUUUAAUUCUUUCUGAUUUUUAUCUAAAUCAUCUACCCCUUCUAAUGCUCAGGAAAGUCUUACUGUCAGUUCUGAAUUCAAGAGGGAAAUACUAAUGAAAAACAAUAAACUUUUUCAGAAAUUUCAGGGAUUUUUUAUAAUUUCAUAAUCCUAAUAAUGCUUCAAAUGACAAACAACUUCUAUGUUUUAUGAAGAUUCUUGCUCAGAAUUGUUCCACUAGCCUUCCUUUGUAAUUUAUGGUUAAGCCUAGGGAUCUUGCAUAAGUUUAGAAACUAAAAUUUUAUUAAAAGCAUGCUAAUUUUUUGAAUAAGCUCUAUUUCUAGAUUUAACCUAAGCCAAAAUGCAGAAAUUAAACGUCACAUUGGAGUAAUCCAAGCAGAAUCAGACUCAGAUAAUUCCAAGCAAGAUGAACCCCCUGAUAAAGGAAAUGGAGCACGAAGAAGAGGUGGAUUUUUAGAAAAGCUUCAAGAUUCUUCAAAAAAUUUGGGCUCCUUUAAAGGGAGCCCAAAGCUCUUUAACUCUAGAAUAUCGCUUUUCCCAAAUACUAAGAAACUAAGCAACGAAAGUGACACAAUUUCAAGUUUCUCUUCUAAUACUCCACAAAAAGGGAUCAAAAAUAUUAUUGUAGGCAAAAGAGCUAGAAAGAGAUUCUUUUGAACGGCAAGGGAGCAAAACAGAAUUAGAUGGGAUCUUUUCAUUGUCUUGCUAGCAACUUGGAAUCUCUUCUACAUCCCAUACUCUGUCUCGUUUGAGGCAUAUAUCAUCAGUCAAUUCUUUACUAACAUCAUGAACUGGCUGAUAGAUUUAUUCUUUCUGAUUGAUAUCUUCAUUAAUUUCAGAACUACCGUUGUUGACCCAGUUACUGGUGACGAUAUCUAUAAUACUAAAGUUAUUGCUAAGCAAUAUAUCCAAGGGAAAUUUUGGAUAGAUCUCUUAGCUUCUAUCCCUUUCGACAUUGUUACCCUGUUCUUUUCAGAUAGCGCCAGUGGAACUUUAACAUUCGAGCUUUUCGGGUUACUCAAGUUGAUCAGAGUUCUUCGACUUUCCCGAUUGAUUACUUAUAUGAACCUGCAAGAUGAACUCAAAAUGUCCUUAAAGCUGAUCAAACUUUUCUUCUUCUUGGUAAUGUACAUUCACUGUGUUGGAUGUAUAUGGUUCUUCAUUGUAAAAGAAAACGAAAAGUGGCUACCCCCUCUAGAUUAUGUAUGGGUUGGCACAAAUAUUUAUAGUGAAGAUCCUUUUACCCAGUACUGAAGCUCAAUAUACCACUCAAUGCUGAUACUCGGAGGAAAUGACCUCGGCCCAAGAGGCAAGAUUCAGCUUGUCUUUAUCAGCUCGGUUCUCUUUGCUGGAGCAAUCAUUAAUGCAAACAUCUUCGGGAAUAUGGCCGUUAUUAUCUCCCAGCUGAAUAAGAAAGCCACAAAAUUCCAAGAAAAAGUUGAGAAUGCGAAUACUUCAAUGAAGAACUUAUCAAUCCCUGAAGAAAUCAAAGAGGAAGUACAUAGAUACCUUACUUAUACCAAAUCUACAAGUGAUCAUCAGGAGGAGAUUAACAAGUUUUUAUCGCUGAUCUCACCUUCUUUGAAAGAACUUGUUGUGAAGCAUAUCUCCUUGCAAGGAAUUUCUAAGAACCAAAUUUUUAAGAGUAGGCCCAAUAUUUUUGACCAAAUUCUGCCUGAAUUAAACACUCUUUUGUACACCCCUGAAGAUACAAUUGUGAGGCAAGGAGAAGCACCAGAUAUGAUUUAUUUCAUUUCCAAAGGUGAAUGUGAGGUGUAUGUUACCGAUCAACACAGUGACGAAUGUCAUGUCAAAAAUCUCUCGAUUGGUGAAUAUUUUGGCGAGGUAGCCAUACUCAAAAACUGUAAAAGAACAGCAACUGUGAAGUCUAAGAAUUUCUCAACCUUCACUGGUUUAAAUAAGAAUGCUUUUAUUAAUGUAUUAGAGAGAUAUCCUGACAUAAAGAAUGACAUGAACAACCAUAUUGCCUCAAAUUAUAAUGACAAGUGGAACAAAUUCUGAAAAUUUGCCCUUGCAAAUGUUGAUUUUCUACAACAUGAAAUCCCAGAGAACAUCAUUGAUGAAAUAUUUUACAAACUUGAACUCUUAAACGUGAAUAAAGGAAAAUAUCUGUUCAAGAAUGGAAAGAUCUGUCGCAAUCUUCAUAUCAUUGUCAGCGGAGAGGCUGAGAUUCUGAUCAAAAAUGUUGAUGGGCAAGAGACCUAUCUGGACAGCUUAUAUAGAGGGUGCUCUACAGGUACCUAUUCCAUUCUCACAGGAGAUCCAUACUCUUUUAGUUUUAGGGCUACUACAGACUGUCUUCUACUAACACUUUCUGAUAAAUAGUAUCGAAGAAUUAAGAGAGAAAUAUGAAGAACUAAACCUCAUAAUUUCAGAAUAUGAACAAUAUAUAGCAGAAGAAGGCUUGCCAUACUGAGACUAUAAGUUUUACAGAUCAGGGCAUUCAGAAAUGACCCCACUGAAGAAGUUCCAACUUGGCAUCCGGAGAAUCAUGAGGAUAGUGAAAUCUUAUCAAUCAAACAGGCUCAUUGCAAUCCUUCAGAUGAUUCAAUCCAAUAAUAAGAAGACUUUAAAAAUAAAGCAGAAUAAAUAAGGAGGAGAUCAUGCUCAGGAAACAGUCUAUCAGGACAAACCAGACUCUUAAAUCUGAUCAAAAACAGGAGAAGAAGCUGAUUCUUCUAUCCUCAAAAAUAAACAUGUUGAUGAGAGUCGUGGAUGAGCAGACUAAAAUGAUGCAUGAGAUGAGGAAUGACUUAAAAGCGCAUAUAGGUUUAGAGAGAGUAGAAUUAGAUUCUGUAGCUGUGCUGUCAAACACUACUUCUGAGUUUCACUCUGAUAGUUCAAUGCCUUCUCACGCAAUGGCGAGUGGCCUCAGAAAACCUUCUCCUUCUUUUAGAAACAAAGCAAGAUGAAUAUCUGCACUUUCUAACAAAUAG